AAUAAUAAUAAAUACCCCAAGAAGAAGAAGGCUCUCUCUCUUUCCCUUUCGGAGGCGGCGGAGGAGGCGCUAGGCCGCGGCGCCUGCCCAUCCUUCCUCCUCCCGUCCCUUUGCUGCCCCUUCCUCCCGCCGGGGGCCUUGCGCUGAGCUGGGGCCCGGCCAGGAAGGGGCAUGGCCGCAUCGCCAGGGGGGCGAGAGGGCAGGGGCUGCCUUCGGGGCGGCGGAGGCCGGCUCUGAGGAGGGUAAGUCAGGAAGACUCUUCUAGAAUCCUGGUCCAUUGAAGAUGUUGGGAAAUACACUUUAGUUUUUCUUCAUGUGUUCUUGUGUCUCUCCUUAUGAAUUUACAGUGACAGCAGGGGAACCCUUCCCAUUUGAGCCUGGCCUCUGCUAUGUUGCAUUCUCAGCAUCUUCUCCGUUAGCUUUUGCAAAUGAAAAUGGAGGAAAUGACUUUGUCGGGCCUGGAUAACAGCAAGUUGGAGGCUGUGGCUCAUGAUAUUUACUCAGACUUGAUUGAAGAUGCUUGCUUGGGCUUGUGUUUUGAAGUACACCGGGCUGUCAAAUGUGGCUACUUCUUUCUGGAUGACACAGACCCUGAUAGUAUGAAGGACUUUGAAAUUGUAGAUCAGCCAGGGCUGGAUAUCUUUGGCCAGGUCUAUAACCAGUGGAAGAACAAGGAGUGUGUUUGCCCAAACUGCAGCCGAAGCAUUGCUGCCUCCCGCUUUGCUCCACAUUUGGAGAAGUGCCUUGGUAUGGGCAGGAACAGCAGCCGCAUCGCUAAUCGGAGGAUAGCAAGUAGUAACAACAUGAAUAAAUCCGAGAGUGACCAAGAAGAUAACGAUGAUAUAAAUGAUAAUGACUGGUCAUAUGGAUCUGAGAAGAAAGCAAAGAAGAGAAAAUCAGAUAAGAAUCCCAAUUCACCUCGAAGAUCCAAGUCCCUGAAACAUAAAAAUGGGGAGCUGAGUGGUAAUCCAGACCCAUUUAAGUACAACAACUCUGCUGGAAUAAACUAUGAAACACUUGGCCCCGAGGAGCUUCGUACUUUACUCACUACGCAAUGUGGGGUGAUCUCUGAACACACCAAGAAGAUGUGUACACGGUCCCUGCGCUGUCCUCAGCACACAGAUGAACAGCGGAGAUCAGUCAGAGUUUACCUCCUGGGACCCUCUGCCUCACUUCCUGAGACGGAAGGAAGCGUGGAGAAUGACAGUUUUGAUAUGGCAGAAAGUCAAGCCCUCAUGAAUCGACUGCAGUGGGAUGGAUCUUCAGACAUCUCUCCCUCUGAUUCAGCCUCAUCAAAAGCAAGUACAAACAACUCAGAGUCCCGAAAAACCAAAAAGAAGAAACCACACAUGAGCCUGGUUGGAGGUGCUCCAGGAAUGAGCUCCAGUAAGAAGAAACUGAAGCCUAAACCGCUUGCACCUCCCACUCCCAGCCUCUAUGAUGACAUCAACUGAAUAAUGCUGGGAUAAGAAUACAGGGAGAAGGCAGACGUGCCUCAGUAUGCUUCAGACCCAAUUCAUGGGAAAGGCGCUGGCAGUGUACUCUCAUGCACUCUUUCAUGUACAAUUUUUUUUUUUAAAAAAUUAACUGUGAAAGAGAGAUGGCUGCAUGUGUUCCCAUCUUCUCCUCUCAAGCCUCCAGCACACAUUGCACAGCCCUUUGUGUCCACUGGAUGUGGCACGAAAGAACCAGACUGCUUUUGGGCACCCACCCUUUUGGGGGGAGAGAGGUGGCAGUGGUUUGAGGUGGGGACCUGGAAGAUGGACCACACCUCUGCCAGUUGGAGUAGCCAUUCUUCCUCCUCCCCCAUGUUCAACAUGUCUAUUUAUUGUGAUGUUAGUGGAUGUUCAAUCAUGAUUAUAUAUAUGGUGGCAUUGUGUCACUUAGCAACGCUAGAGACUGACUGGGCAGGUUUGGGAGAUGUAUACCUGUGUGUCUGAUGUGGAAGGGAAUCAAAGGGCCUGAGGAGGAAUGAAGGACAACUGGUGCCCUUCAGUGUCCACCCUUUGUUCCAAGAGUCUGCUCCAGUGGCCUCCUUUUUGUUGUGAGAAGUGGCAAAAGAUUUUGAAUUGGCCUCUUCCUUUCUGAGCUUUUGUGGUGCUCAGUUGUUUAAAAGGCUGUUUUUUAAGCUACACUUUGCCCCCUUUGGCCUUCCUUAUUAUGGCCUUCCUCCACUUACUGAAUCAGUUUGGGUGAGGCAGACAAGUUUGAUCUGUUGUCGCUACUGUCAUUAUUGCUUCCUUCCCAGAUACGGUGUGCUUCCUCACCUGUGGGAUUUUGGAGAUUUUGUAUAAAGCAAUACUACGAAUGAACAUGAUGAUAGAUGGGCAUUUCCUUCCAAUAUAUACAUGUCAGGAAACUGGUACAGCAGUUGACUCUUAAUUUGUACAUUGGGCACACAUUUACAUUUGCCCAACUGUGACAGCCAGUACCUUAAGACCCAUGUUGUUUUAUACACAUCUUGUACGUAAAUAUGAUUCUUCAUAUAUGCCUGAAAACUGGCUUUCAGUUGAAACUUUUCUUGAAUUUUAAAAUAGCUUUAUUUAACAUCCUACAGGAGGAAUUAAUUGAGACCGUGCAGAAGGGCUGUGUUGUGGUCUGCAGGUGUUAAUCUUUAAUUCUUUCCUGUCAUGGUAUGUGUGAUGUUAAAAAAUGAUUUAUUCUUAGUCAGGAAAUUUGAAGAAAUCCUGUUGGAGUAUUAGAGCCAAACUUAAGGGAAAGAAGGUGAAGUGCAUACUUCAGAUUAGUAGUUAUUUUUCAUCUCCCCUUCACGUAUCCCUGGCUUCAGUUUUAUUCUUUUCUACAAACAACUGCAGUUUUAAAUCUAGUGCCAUAAAUCAUGGUGGUCCUAAAUGUAUGGAUACAGGCUUGAAAUUUUAAAGCUGCUUCUGGAGCUAGAGUGUAACCAGUUUUCCAUCUGCUCAUGUGCUUUCCUUUUGUAUCCCUUCCUGGAUCUUAACAAGAUUGAGAGUAGAAAGCCAUGUGUUGCCCAUCAAGCCCUGCAGAAAUCACACAGAUGCUUGUGAAUGUACACCAAGGGAAUUUGUUGUGUAUUCUUUUCUGCUCCCCAUCUGCUCCCCAUUGUGCAGUCUCUCUGUAUUUGUGUGUGUGUGUGUUUGGAGUGAAUGAUUGCCUCCUACAGAACUACUGUCAGAAUUGCUUGUACUUUGGGUGAGGCAACAGACCACUUUCAUUAAUGUGGUAAUGGAUGACAGCUUGUAUGUUUGUCACUGAAAAUCCAAAGAUACAACGAAAUCUAGCUGUGCUGGUUCUCUGGAUUAGGGUAGAUAGCACUACAUCAUAAUUGAGUUCCCUUUUACCUUUCCUCUUCCACCAAAAAAAGCCUUUUAGAACAGGUAAUAGGUCUACUUUGGCUGCUGCUAAAAUCCAUAGGCUCAGGUCUGUAAGAGGCUCUAUGUAGUUUUCACCUACAAUCAUAAAGCAGAGCAGUUUUGCCAUAUUCUGAGCUGUUUGUGUGGAGAGCCUUUAAAGCAGCCAUGGCAAAUGGGUUGGGGGGGGGGUCAUUUAUGGCAGAUAUGGGAGACUAUGGGCAGCAAACUCUGCAGGCUUUGUGGUAGUUUGGUGGAUUUUGGGCAAAAAUUGGCAAUAUUUGUUUAGUCUGGUGGCUUUGCAGACUUUAAGGGCCACACUUUCCCCAUCUGCUCUGAAGGCUGUCUGCAUUCCUCAGAAUUCCAUUGGUACCUUAUAUUGUCAUAACUAGCCAUUACAUAUGUAAUAGCUUAGAGCUGUCCUAUUGGCCCCUGAGCAGCUUUCGGCUCUCUCCUAUCAUUGCUGUCCCUGUGGCUGUUUAACCUGCUGCUGUACCACCUAUAUUAGCAGUUAAUGUCAGCCAAGAGGGUUGAAGUUCUUGCUUCCUUGUGUUUCCCUUGUGCUUUCAGAAGCUGUGUGGCUCAAACACUGGCUGUUGUGUUUUCUUACAUUGCCAUGUAGAUAGUGGAUCUGUUAAACUUGCAAACACUGAAGGUGCAUGCAACUGACGAUAGUGAAAAUUAUGUAUCAGGUCUGGAAACUUGGUAAUCUGUCCAGCAAGUUAACACUAUUAAGUUUAGGUAUUUUCCUCAUCCCUCCUCCACACUUUUCGUCCAUGGGCAAAAGGUCUGUAAUACAUAGUGUGUGUCCAGAGCCAAGGCAGACCUUCUUGUUUGCACUGCAAGGCAGAGACAGAAAGCCUUGCCCCAAAAUGGGACUAGGCUUACUUAGGUGAAACAAACCUGCAAAAAUUAGGUCAUGCUUGUGAUCUGAUCAAAUCUAUCAAACAUCAGUUCAGUAUAUCUAGAAACUAAGACUUAUGCUUUAGCAAGUAUUUAAAAAAAAAACCACGAACCAGUGUUCUGAGAAACCUUUGUUAAGUAAGUAAUGCUGAAACUGGCAUGUUUUAAAGUAAAUUACUGGAUGGUUGGUGAGGAGAAAAGAGGUAGACUUGGAUUCUAACUAGGAUUAGUUCCCUUCAGUGCCUGACAUCCAGUAGCUGGGUGGUUCAGACAACAUAUUCCUAAAACUGUUGGCCACUUUUGCUUACCUGUUGUAGUAGUGCAUAAGUGGCCAGAAUGGGAGAGUAGAUCCUGGCUUUACCUCUGUAACUGCAACCGAAGCAUAUGGGAGUCAUAUUGUAGACACCUUUGGAAGUGUAGCAGCUGGGGAAUUUUGAACAUUGAUUUAGCAGUGGGGAGGACAGGUCUUUUUUUAUAUAUGGCUCUGUAUCUGCACUUGCACCCUUUAUUUUUUUUUAAAGGUAGGCCUGUUUCACUUGAAGAAAAAAACUCAUUUAUUCUAUCAUGACUGAUGAGAGGUUUUUAAUUUGUCAGUGAUGACUUACGAACUGCACCUAUGUGAUAUUUUUCAACGUGUGCAGAAAAUCAUUGGAGUAAGUACUGUACUGUGGUCUCUUGAUUUUUUUAAAAAAUGUUUUGUGUAUGUAAUCUCAGCUUGUACAGGUAGGUAGAUAGGUAUUCUUUAAAAAAUACUGUCAGAUCUGUAUUUUUCUUUUCCUGCCCAUCCAUGGAUUGUGGCAUGCCUGUGUAAAUAAACUAACUCUGCUUGGUAUGUCUUCAA